AUGUUCAAUAUUUGGUUAUUAUGGCUGUUUAUUGGUCAAACAUCAGGCAUUGCAUACAAUCUACCGAAAUUUUGUGCAAAUGCAACAUGGAAUCCUGUAGCUAUAACUUUUGCUACUAGUGCUAUAGUUGGUACAAAUCCUUAUGGACUUUUUGUCGAUACAAAUAAUACGGUUUAUGUAGCUGAUAGAGCAAACAGUCGUGUGCAAAUUUGGUUUAACAAUAGUGCAACACCGACCAGUACUAUCUCGGGUGGUUUAAACACACCCUAUAACCUUUUCGUCUCAGAUAAUGGUGAUAUUUAUGUUGAUAAUGGUUAUGCAAAUAAUCGAGUGGAUAAAUGGGCAUUUAAUUCGAAUAGUAGUGUUCCAACAAUGUAUAAUUGUGGACCAUGUUUUAGUCUUUUUAUUGAUAUCAAUAAUAUGCUUUACUGCUCACUGUACAAUGCUAAUAAAGUUAUCGCAAAAUCAUUGAAUACAAAUUUAAAUAUCUGGAAUACUGUCGCUGGAACAGGAACUGCUGGAGCAACAGCGACUACACUUAAUUUACCAUGUGAUAUCUUUGUCGAUAAUAAUUUAAAUUUGUACGUGGCUGACACUGCUAACAAUCGGAUUCAGAAAUUUGCAUCAGGACAAUUAAAUGGAACAACAGUACCAACAGGAACUAUCACACUUAGUCAUCCAACUGGAGUUAUUCUUGAUGCUGAUGGAUAUCUCUUUAUUGUUGAUCAAAGUAACAAUCGUCUUAUCGGUUCAGGGCCGUAUGGAUAUCGAUGUAUAGCAGCAUGUUCAGGAACUUAUGGCUCAUCAUCUACUCAAUUAUGGGUUUCAUAUUCACUUCGUUUUGAUAGUUAUGGAAAUAUAUUUGUUAGUGAUCUAUAUAACAAUCGAAUUCAAAAAUUUUUCUUGGUGACAAAUGGAUGUAAUGUAACAACAUCAACGACAACAAUGGCUAGUGUAACAUCAAUGAAUAGUACGCAAUCAGUUCCUUUAUUAACAUCUACGUAUGGAACAAAUUCUACCAUUGUAUCUUCUUCGACGAGUCUUUCAUACAACCUCCCGAAAUUCAGUGCUUAUGCUACUUGGAGUUCUAAUGGAAUAACUCUUUUCAACAGUGCUACCAUUGGAACAUAUCCAUAUGGUUUAUUCGUUGAUACUAACAAUACUCUUUAUGUAUGUGAAUAUUCUCAAAAUAUAAUUCAAGUGUCGCUUGAAAAUAGUACCACACCUAUAAGGUAUAUUAGUGGUGGUUUGUCCAGACCCUAUACUACAUUCGUGACACUUAACGGUGAUGUUUAUAUUGAUAAUGGUUAUGCAUAUAAUCAAGUCGAUAAAUGGACAUUAAAUUCAACAACUAAUGUUUUAGCAAUGAAUGUCAAAGGCACAUGUUGUGGUCUUUUUAUUGAUAUUUAUAAUACUAUUUAUUGUUCACAAUGUACAAUUCAUCAAGUUGUUACAAAAUCACUAAAUAGUAUUUCAAAUAUGUGGAUAGUUGUUGCUGGUACAGAUUGUUCAGGAUCAACAUCAAGUACACUUAAUAAUCCUCGUGGUAUAUUUGUCGAUACAAAUUUAAAUUUAUAUAUUGCUGAUUAUACUAAUAAUCGAAUACAAUUAUUUAUAUCAAAUCAAUUAAAUGCUAUUACAGUAGCUGGUUCUGGAGCAUCAUCCACUAUUACUCUUUCUAAUCCUAGUGGAGUUGUUCUUGAUGCUGAUGGUUAUCUAUUUAUUACGGAUAGUUCCAAUCAACGUAUUAUUGGUUCAGGUCCAAAUGGAUAUCGUUGUCUAGUAGGAUGUUCACAAGUUGCUGGUUCGGCAUCUAAUCAAUUGAAUAAUCCACUAACGUUAAGUUUUGAUAGUCAUGGAAAUAUAUUUGUUACUGAUACAAAUAAUCAUAGAAUUCAAAAAUUUUAUUUAACAACCAAUAAUUAUAAUGCAACUGUUAAUCAACCAAAUUUAUGUCCAUCUACAACUUGGUAUACAGAUGCGAUUACAUUUGCUAAUAGUAGUACGGCUGGAACAAGUGUAUUUGGUGUUUUUGUUAGUAUUAAUAAUACUGUCUAUGUAGCUAAUCAACAAACUAAUAAGAUUGUAGUAUGGUACGAAGGAAGUAUUAAUCCAAAUAAAAUUCUUUCUGGUAGUCUAAGUUCACCGUUUGAUCUUUUCGUUACUCCUUCAGGUGAUAUAUAUGUUGAUAAUGGUGUAAGUAAUGGGCGAGUUGAUAAAUUUUCAUUUAACUCAAAUAUAAGUACUUCUGUAAUGUCAGUUCCUUAUGCAUGUUACGGUAUUUUUGUUGAUAUUAGUAAUACUCUUUAUUGUUCAACAUUUACUUCUCAUCAAGUUGUUAAGAAAUGGUUAAAUGAUAAUGUACUUACAUCAACUAUUGUAGCUGGUACGGGUACAGCUGGAUCAACAGCAACUACGCUUAAUACGCCUGUUGGAAUUUUUGUCGAUACUAAAAUUAAUUUAUAUGUUGCAGAUUCCCUUAACAAUAGAAUACAAAUGUUUCCCGUUGGACAAUUAACUGGAAUAACUUUAGCAGGAGCUAGUGUACCAGGAACUAUUACACUUUAUUAUCCAAAUGGUAUUACAUUAGAUGGUAAUGGAUAUCUUUUUAUUGCCGAUUGUUAUAAUCAACGAAUAGUUGGACAAGGACCAUAUGGUUUUCGAUGUUUGUUUGGAUGUACAGCUACUGUUGGUUCUUCAUCAAGUCAAUUCAGUUAUCCAACAACUUUAAGAUUUGAUAGUUAUGGAAAUCUAUAUGUUGCUGAUAGAAGUAAUAGUCGAGUGCAAAAAUUUCUAUUAGCAUCAAACUCAUGUAGUAUCUCUUAUAAUCAACCAACAUUUUGUUCUAAUGCUUUAUGGUAUUCUAAUGCAUCAACUUUUGCAUCAAGUAGUACAACUGGUACAUUACCUUAUGGUAUUUUUAUUAAUGGCAUUAAUACUGUGUAUGUACCUAAUCGAGUUAAUAACACCAUUUUAUCAUGGCCUCAAGGAAGUAGUACAUCAACAAGUAAUAGUUAUAGUAAUUUAAGUAAUCCAUAUAGUCUUUUUAUGUCUAUGACUGGUGAUAUUUAUAUUGAUAAUGGUUAUUCUUAUGGUCGAGUUGAUAAAUAUAUAUUUAAUACAUCAAAUCAUGUUACUGUUAUGAAUGUGAGUGGAAGUUGUUAUGGUUUAUUUAUUGAUAUUAAUAAUAAUCUUUAUUGUUCACUUAAAAAUCUUCAUCAAGUUGUUACACUUUUACUUAAUAAUGGUACAACCAUUCCGACAAUUGCAGCCGGUAAUGGCUCUGCUGGAUCACUAUCAAAUAUGCUUAAUUCUCCUCAAGGAAUCUAUGUCGAUAGUAACUUAAAUCUAUAUAUUGCAGACAGUGCUAAUAAUCGUAUUCAAUUUAUUCAAACUGGUCAGUUAGAUGGAACGACAAUCGUUGGUAAUGGGUCAUCAGCAAACAUUAUACUCAACUAUCCAACUGGAAUUGUCCUUGAUGCUAAUGGUUAUCUUUUUAUUGUCGAUAGUUAUAAUCAUCGUAUUGUUGCUUCAAGUUCUACUGGUUUUCGAUGUAUAGUCGGGUGUUCGGGAGGUGGUUCAUCUGCGUCGCAGUUAUCACUUCCACAAAGUAUGGCUUUUGAUAGUUAUGGAAAUAUAUAUGUUACUGAUCGAAAUAAUAGUCGAGUGCAACAAUUCGCUUUUCAAACUAGCAGUUGCACAGCAGUACUACAACUAGCACUACCACCACAACUACCACUAAGACUACAAGCAGUAGCAGCACUACAAGUAGCACUAGCACUACAACCAGUACCACAAGUAGGAGUACUACAAGCAGUAGCAGUACUACGAGCACUACUACUACCACCACCAGUAGCACUACUACUACUACUACCAGUACCACAAGCACCACUACCACUAGCAGUACUACUACGAGCAGUAGCAGUACCACCAGCAGCACUACAACUACUACCACCGGUACUACAAGUACUACUACUACUACCACCACUAGUACUACAACGAGUAGCAGCAGUACCACAAGUAGUACUACUACGAGUAGCAGUAGCACCUCAAGCAGCACUACUACCACGACCACCACUAGCAGUACUACUACUACCACUACUACCACAAGUACUACAACAAGUAGCAGCAUUACCACAAGUAGUACUACUACGAGCAGUAGCAGCACCACAAGUAGUAGUACUACUACUACCAGCAGUACCUCAAGUACCACUACAACCACUAGCAGCAGUACCACAAGUAGUACCACUACGAGCAGCAGUAGCACCUCAAGUAGCACUACUACCACGACUACCACUAGCAGUACUACUACCACUACUAGUAUUACUACAAGCAGUAGUAGUACCACAAGUAGCACUACUACUACCACCACCACCAAAAGUACUACAACAAGUAGCAGCAGUACCACUACGAGCAGCAGCAGCACCACAAGUAGCAGUACAACGAGUAGUAGCAGUACUUCAAGUAGUACUACUACCACUAUCACCACCACCGGCAGUACUACAACGAGCAGUAGUAGUACCACCACUAGCACCAGCAGUACUUCAACUAGCACCACUACAAGCAGCAGCAGUACUUCAAGUAGCACUACAACCACGACCACCACUAGCAGUACCACUACAAGCAGUAGCAGCACCACAAGUAGUAGUACCACAAUUAGUACUACCACUACCACUAGCAGUACCUCAAGUAGCAAGGCUUCCAUCACAACUUUUCAAGGAUCAUAUAUCAAUGAAACUUGUUAUUCACCGACGAUUACAUUGA